AUGACAUUCCUCUACUCGACCGUUGUUGACCCGACCAAGUAUGAGACCGAGGGCCUUUGUGAUGGAAUUGAGGUACGCCAGAGCAAUUUCACCCACCAGGAGGACAGAGGCGCUAUCCGAGCCCAUCAGGACUGGAACAAGUAUGUCGGUCCUUGCCGCCAGUAUCGUGGAACUCUCGGGCCCACCUUCAGCUUCAUGUCCUUGACCGUUCCCGAAUGUCUCCCGGAUAGAUUGGAAGUGAUAUCUUAUGCAAACGAGUUUGCGUUUCUUCAUGAUGGUAAGAGCAUCCCUGUAAUCCGCAGCCACAAUCAGCCGUCAGCUCUGACACUGGAGGCAGACAUUACGGACAGUGUAGAGUUUGAGGAGGGCGAGAUUGAGAACGACGAGAUGCAGGACGCAUUCCUUGAAGCUGCACGCAUGGGAUCCGUUGACACCGCAACUCAAGAAGCCCGGCGGAAAGGAAAGCGACAAAUCCAAUCCCAACUCUUUGAAGAAAUGCUGUCAAUUGAUCCUGAAUGCGCUAAAAUCACCAUGAAGUCAUGGGCCCAAUUCAUUCAAGUUGGAUCCAGUCGACAACAUGAGACUCGGUUCAAUACUUUGACCGAGUAUUUCCCCUAUCGCAUUAUGGAUGUGGGUGAAAUGUUUUGGUACGGAGUUGUCACGUUUGGGUUGGGUUUGCGCAUUCCCGACCACGAACUGGACCUCUGUCGUAGCUUAAUGGCGCCUGCAUGGACCGCUGUGGGUCUACAGAAUGACUUGUGGUCCUGGCCCAAAGAGAGAGAUGCGGCACAGUUACGUGGAAAGGAUCAUGUCAUUAAUGCCAUCUGGGUUAUCAUGCAAGAACAGCAGGUUCAAGUGCACGAGGCAAUGCAGAUCUGUCGCCAGCUCAUCAAGGACUACGUCUCGAGAUAUCUCCAGACCAUGGAGGAAAUCAAGGUCAACACAUCGAUAUCUUCCGACCUACGGAAAUACCUCCAAGCUAUGCUCUACAGUAUUUCUGGAAAUGUUGUCUGGAGCCUCACUUGUCCGAGAUAUAACCCAGACGUGGAGUUCAACCAAACCCAACUUGACUGGAUGUUUAACGGCGUGCCGCUCAACACCUCGCCUUCGAUCAGAUCAUCCCCUAUGCACUCUGAUUAUUCUCUCGCGUCUACUAUCUCCGAUCCAGUCAGAACAGCCAAAGGCAACCAGACAGAAGAUGCUGCAUCGCUUCGCUUCGAG